AUGCAUCGGGCCAAUUCAUCGAGACCCUUUGGGGCCUCGCUACUCCGUAGGCCAGUGAACAAGAAGGCAUUAUUAUUGCUUCUAACUCCGUUCUUGAUUUUGGCCAUUCGGUUUCGUAUGUUAGACCGUACCCCUGCCAGCGCGCAGCCAAAUGUGCAAUUGCAAUGGGAGGCCAACCCUAAGCCUGCGGAGCCCGCGCAGCUUGCGCAGCCUGUACCUCCGGUGCCAGAGAAAAGUCGACUAGAGGAGCUCAUGGAAGAAGAAAAACUCGCCGAGCAAUCGACCGAGAAGAAACCCAAAGCCGAGAUGGCAGCGAAUGGGUGGACGGAGGUAGAGGAGUCCCAGUACGACAGAGUCACGCAAAACUCAGGCGAGAUCUACAUCCACCCACACAAUGGCCCCGAGGACGUGACUGUGGUCGCAGCAACCGCCGGGCCCGAAGACACAUCCUGGAUCGAGGAGUUCUGCGACGAAUUGCAAACAACAAACCACCCCCCCAUCCCCAACCACGCACAUCCACUCACCAAGAACAGCCAAUGUACCCCUCUGAUCUAUUCUCUGGAUGAAUACCCGUGGAUGGAUCACUACUACACCACCUACUCCCGCAAAGGCCACGAAGCCAGCGCCUACCUCACCUACAUCAUCGACCACUACGACAACCUCGCCCCCUACACCAUCUUCAUCCACGGCCGCUCCGACCAGUGGCACAACGACAUCGCCGGCCCACACACGAGGAACAUACUCCCCAACCUCCGCGUCGAGGCCGUCGCGCUCAAUGGCUACGUGAACCUGCGGUGCACGAAUCGACCCGGUUGCCCGAGCACUCUGUUCCAGGCCCACCCGGUGACUCUGGACUACGACUACGUGUAUCUGAUCGACCAGCUGCCGCGGGUCCUGAACGAGAUGCUGGGGACGGCCCUGGAGGAUGUCCCCGAGGAUUUCGGGCAUCAAUGCUGUGCGCAGUUUGCGCUGAGCAGGGAGAGGAUUCUGCAGCGGCCACGGAGCGAUUACAUUCGGAUUCUGAACUGGAUCGCAACGACUGAUAUGACAGAUAAUUAUGGGAUUGGGUGGAUGGUUGAGAAAUUAUGGCAUUACAUUUUCGGGAUGCCGGCUUUGUCUGUCGGAGGAGCAGUGUCGUUGUGA